CCAUGAGACGUAUCCUAUUGAUGGCAACCAUUCAAAAUCUAUUUGUGAUCUCGCAUACGAUUGGUGGUUUAAUAUGGAACAAAAAUCUUGGAAACUUCGUACCGAUAUUCAGCAUUCAUCCUUACUCGACUCUUCAUCGUGAAUUAUUAUUGAAACAACGGGAAAUCGAGACGCAUAAUUUUCAAGGGCAAAUCAUUGAACUUACCUACUUUCAGCAAAGAAAUAUAGUGUUCUUCUAUAAAAAUGAUACCAAGAUAACAGGAGUUGUCGCGGACAUAUGGAAUUUGCUGGCUGACUCAUUGAACUUUACAUUAAAAUCAAUACGCACGAACGAAACAUUUUCUGGUAAUCAUAAAGACGAUAUUUUUGACGGUUUGUUAGGUAAACUUCAAAGACACGAAACCCAUGUAAUACCAAAGAUAGAAAUGUAUUCUACCCGAUUUGCUGCCGCUGAUUUUACGCCUGCACUCUGGAGUACUACACAACGACUAUUCAUUCAACUGAAAUACACGCACGAUAAAAAUUGGAUGCUGUAUUUAUUCUCAUGGAAAGUAUGGUAUUCGAUUUUAAUGAUGUAUUUAUUAUUAACCCUAUUCAGUCACAUAUCGCAAAUAAUAUUUUGUUAUUACGUCGAAAAAAUCAAACAAAAAGCAUACUUCAUUGAUCAUUGUUUCUACAAUUUCGCCAUGAUGUGCAAACAAGGUUGUAUCCCGAAGGAAUUCGAAGGAAGAUCACGAAUUUUAGAAUUAUCGCUCGGUUUGUUCUCAAGUUUAAUUCACAUAGCAUUUUCAGCUUUGAUAUUUACAUACAUGACGCACAAAAUUUAUGUAAAACCUUUCAAAGAUCUUGAUCAUUUGAAAAGUCAUACAAAUUAUAAAAUCGUUAUUCUAAACGGAUCUAUUCCUUAUUUAGCAUUUAAAGGGUAUCCAGUUUUGAAUGAACUCUUUGAAAAAGAACGAUUAGUUAUCAUGCAAACGGAGAGGGAUAUGUACAGAAAGGUUUGUUCUAACGAGUACACCAUGUUUUACGACGAGGACGUGUACAACGCAAAACAAAAAUAUUUUUGCAAAUUGAAUCCCAUAGGCAUGCCAUAUUUUACGACAUGGGUUGCAUCCGCCAUAAGUAAAAAUUUCAAAUAUAAAAGGACGAUAGAUAUAGGCAUCAUAAGAUUGCACGAGAUUGGUUUGAUAUCAAAAUUGAGAAAAGAAAUAGCAUUUUACAAUAUGAAGGACGAGGAAUGGCAAAAACCAAAUCCAAUUGAAAUGAAUCAAGUGUCUUUGAUCUUCAUUAUGUUAUCUGGCGCAUCCGUUUUAUCAAGCAUUAUAUUCAUUAUCGAAAAUUUGAUAUUUGUUUGGAAUCAACGAAAGGCACGAUUAAUUUACGCAAAGAAUAAACUCCAACGAUGA